ACUGCGUGCAGUGGAAAAGGCAGCUCCGCCAAUUUUUCGAACUUCGUGAUUACUCCGCAUCAUUUUCUUCGGUGAUUUUGGUAUUCCACGUUGAAACAAUGUGCCAGACAAUACAUAGGAGAGGGUCUAAGUCAUUAAUUGCAAUUAUUGGCUUGACAUUGAUUGGAUAUAUUACUGCCUGUGGAAGAACAAUACUAAGAGCCGGCUUAUCACAUGGGGACAGACAGUUGAUAUUGGACAUGCACAAUGCCAUGAGGCAGUCCAUAGCUCUAGGUCAAGUAGGAGGACAACCACCUGCGACCAAUAUGAUGGAGAUGAAGUGGGAUAAUGAGCUGGCCAACCGUGCUCAAAACUGGGCCCUAUCCUGUCAGUCAGAAAGACAUGAUGCUCAAAGACAUGUCUCGCGAUUCCCAGUGGGACAAAACAUAGCGACCACUUGGACCACGAGGAAACCGUCCUCGGACAACGAUUCCAAACCGGACUUUGCCGACUCAAUGAGGAAGUGGUUCAAUGAAUUCAAACAAUUCAGCUAUGGAGGAAUUGGAGAAGGCCAUACUGGACAUUACACGCAGAUGAUAUGGGCAGAAACUAAUCUGGUUGGUUGUGGUUAUGCCUUCUACUACGACCCAGCUAAGGGUUUCACCAAGAACUAUAUUUGCAAUUACGGACCUGGAGGCAACGUACUUGGUCAGUCACCUUAUUCAAGAGGUCAUCCAAACUGCGUUGAAAGUGGGUUGACAGAUUCUCGAAAAUAUUUUGGACUUUGUGAUAAGCCCGGUUAUGUCUACAGUAUAUCCAAUUUCAUCGUAUAAACCGGACAUUAAUUUAUUAGUUAAAUUUAAAGCAGAAGUUAUUGCGCAUCUAGUAUUUAUUGUUGUAAUUAAAAUGUAUGACCGUGUGUUACUGGAUUUGCAAUUUGAUUAUAACAACGUUAUAUUGCAUUCGUAGAAUGUGGCAUGAUUAUUAUUAUUAUUAUUGUAUAGUAUUAUUUUUAUUUCGCGAUUGUUGUACAUUAAGUUGAUUUUAAUGUGUGAAUCAUUUUUGUAAAUAAAAUAUUU